AGCCACGCGGCUCCGUAAUGUUAGCGAUUAAGUUAAGAAGCUCAGAUCGACUCGGUUCCUUGUGCGCGGGUCGCACGCCGCCGGCGCGAGGAAGGGUAGCGCUAGCGUAGCGGAAGCCCGGCGGCAGCGAGAGAGAGAGAGAGUGCGCUCGUGCCGGAGCCUCUUACUGCGGCGGGAAGUCUGAGAGCGACGGCGGCCAUUGAACCUCCACCAUGAUGGGCUGAACCCUGCGUGUCGCAUAUAAUAACUUCUUGCUUUCGCGGCGCGGGCAGCCGUGCGUGUUCGCCACUCACUGUGACUAAGUGAAUUUGAGACUAUACCGCAAUGGCAGACAACGACAAUAAAGACCAGGCCGAGAUGGACCCAGCAGACAUGGAAGAUGUGGAGGAGGUGGAAGAGGAGGAGACGGGAGAAGAUGCAAACAGCAAAGCUCGCCAGCUCACGGUGCAAAUGAUGCAGAACCCCCAGGUCCUGGCAGCGCUGCAGGAGCGGCUGGAUGGUCUUGUUGGUUCGCCGUCGGGCUACAUGGAGAGUUUACCCAAAGUGGUAAAGCGACGUGUGAAUGCCCUCAAGAACCUCCAAGUGAAAUGUGCCCAGAUUGAAGCCAAGUUUUACGAAGAAGUCCAUGAGCUGGAAAGGAAGUACGCUGCCCUCUAUCAGCCGCUUUUUGACAAGCGCAGCGACAUCAUCAAAGCAGCAUACGAGCCCACGGACGAGGAGUGCGAAUGGAAGGCCGAUGAGGAGGAAAAGCUAACGGAGGAGAUGAAGGAAAAAGCUAAAGUGGAAGAGGAGAAGAAAGAUGAGGAAAAGGAGGACCCCAAGGGUAUCCCAGAGUUCUGGCUGACAGUCUUCAAGAAUGUUGACCUGCUCAGUGAAAUGCUGCAGGAACACGACGAGCCCAUUCUCAAGCACUUGCAGGAUAUCAAAGUGAAAUUCUCGGACCCAGGGCAACCAAUGAGUUUUACAUUGGAAUUUUACUUUGAACCCAACGACUUCUUUGCAAACCAAGUGCUGACCAAAACGUACAAGAUGCGUUCGGAGCCAGACGAGGCAGAUCCGUUCUCCUUUGACGGUCCAGAAAUCAUGGGUUGCACUGGCUGCCAGAUCGACUGGACAAAGGGCAAGAACGUCACACUAAAGACCAUAAAGAAGAAGCAGAAGCAUAAGGGUCGCGGUACAGUGCGAACGAUCACCAAAACGGUGCCCAAUGACUCGUUCUUCAACUUCUUUUCUCCACCAGAAGUCCCAGAAAAUGGAGAGUUGGACGAGGACUCGGAAGCGAUCCUUGCAGCCGACUUUGAAAUCGGACACUUCCUGCGCGAGCGCAUCAUUCCGAGAGCGGUGCUCUACUUCACAGGCGAGGCCAUCGAGGAUGAUGACGAUGAUUAUGAUGAGGAGGGGGAGGAAGCAGACGACGAGGAGGGUGAGGAAGAAGCAGAUGAAGAGAAUGAUCCAGACUAUGAUCCCAAGAAGGAUGCGAACCCACCAGCUGAGUGUAAACAGCAAUGAAGCCUGCACCCGUGGCCUUGAGGAUUGAUUUUCUGCACUGUAACAGCUUCUGGAAGAAAACAUAGUUACUUAUACCGCCUUAUAAUGUUUUUGUAUUCUUGGUAGGAAUUUACAAAGGGUUUAAACAUUUUGUUACAAAACUCAUAACUGCUGGAGCCAGUUCCAAGACGUGGCUCAUUCAGCAUAGUAUUUUACUAGACUCUGUACAAAUAGAACACAGUAAAUCCCUCUAAAGGAAAAAGCAUGAAUGUGUCCACUGCUAAAUAUCUUGGGUUUCUGUGGAGUCUUGUUGCAUCACUUAGACAGCAGCUGUGGGGGGAAAAAACAAAUUCUGGCAAUGAAUGGGGAAGUGGGGGGGACAGAUGUGUUCCGGCCUGUUUCUUUCCCCGAAUGACCAACCAAAGCAAUAUAUCAUAGGCUUCGACGUUCUCUCGGAGCCCUGGCAUCCCUCAUCCCUGUAGCGGGGGCCUUUCUCCCGCUGCUCUACUGGAAAGGACCAGCUUACACACACUGACACAUCUUGCUUAACAUGCUUAAUGUCGACAUGUAACGUGACCUUUACCACUGUAUCCGUGUGCCAUUCAGGUAUCAAAGCAGUGUUUCCUGUAGUUUAUGUGUACUGCGGUACACGGGGGGAGGGGGGUUGGUUCUGGAUAAUUUUGUAUGUUUGGUUUUGUCCUGCAAGCGACCUGAGAUCUUGUGCUGAAGUUGGAAGGUCAGUGUUUGUCUUUGAACUGAUCUUGCAGUGAAAGUGGGAAGCUGUGUAGGUUUUGUGGCCAAACUCAAGUUCUUGCAUUCCAAAUAUUUUCAAAGUUCAACUUUGUACCUGGUCCUCAGUCUCAAGCGUUGAUCUUACCUUUGCAUAGCACAACUGUUCAUGUAGCACCUUGUCUGACUUGCCAUGAGUCAGUAGUGUCCUCUGGGCCCUUUGUGGGUUCAGUGUUUGUGUCAUGAAGACUAUGUAGCACUAGUUGACGGUGGAAUUGUACCAUGGUAUGCUCCUUGUAGUUUGGGGGUUAGCCACAGCAGGCACUUGCUGCUGCAAACAAAUCAGUCGAGUGCUUAAAACCUUGGUAGUCCAGUUUUUCUUUCUGGAUGACUCCCCAUCCAUGUUGUGGGGGCAGAUUUACAGUGCAUUUUAUGAAUUUUUUUUUUUUUUUUUUUUUUUUGUUUAAAUGGUUAAAACAUGAGCCCUUACAGCCAAAGUUUUUCUUCCCACUACCCUUCUUUCUCCUGACAUUUAAGCUUGGUAGCAUUGGGAUUCAUAAUUCUUGUUGUGAAUAUGAGAGUGGGGGGGGGCAAGAUUUGGCCAAGAGUUCUUUUAAGGGGACUUUGUAUCAGGGGUAUCUGAAGGGGGAUUAAAAGGAAUCUUUUGCCCAGUGUCAUGCUGUUGUCAUUCCAGACCUUUCUGAAGUGUGAGGUGGAGCUGUUGCUUCUGUUAGAAAUGGUGGCACUUCAUGUACAGUGCAAGACCAGUACUUGGCUCCAUCCUUUUUCUGAAUCAAGAGUCUGGUCAUCAUGUUCUACUGCCAUGGUCCAGGAGGACUUCUAGAACAUCUACAGGUGCUGUGGGAAAUGAAUCCUGUCAGCUGGGCUUAAACUGGAUCUUGUGCGGAUCCUUCUGAACAGCUGUUGUCAAAGCAAAAUGCUAUGCUACAACCUAGAGAUGUACUCGACUGAACAUGUAUCUAUAUUCCUGAAUAAACCGAUUGAACAUGCACCUCUCAA